AGACAGGCCAAGAACGAAAAAAAGAAAACACGACAAAGGCGAUGAACACGAAAUCAAACGAGCAAGCAGCUCCUGCGGGCUGCAGAAGUCUCCACCGGCCUCCGGCGAGAUACGUCUUCUGCGCGCUGGCCGCGGCGGGCAACAUGCUCAACUUCACGCUCAAGGCCAGCCUGUCCGUGGCCAUCGUCGCCAUGGUGGACCGCCAGGUCGACUCCGGCCAGGGACAGCUUCAGCCGGUCAACUCCACCGCGACCCCGCGAGAGGGCUACGACUGGGACGAGAUGACGCAGAGCUACGCGCUGGCGGGGCUGUCCUACGGCAGCCUGCUGUCCUGCGUGUUGGGGGCGCGCCUGGCCGAGCUGCUGGGCCCGCGCCUCGUCAGCGGACCGUCCCUGGGCGUCGCGGCGCUUCUCCACGUGCUGUGUCCUCUGGCGGCAGGCGGCGGCGUCGGCGUCUUCGUCGCCAUGCGCGUGCUGCAGGGAGUGUUCGUGGGAGCCUACGCCCCAGGUGUCAGUACCUUGUUGCUACGGUGGGUUCCAUUGCAAGAAAGGGGGCUCAUGGUCAGCAUAAUUUUCUCAGCGACAAACGUAGGCAUUCUAGUCUCUAUGGCCUUGACGGGGAAAAUUUGCACUGUCUGGGGUUGGCCAGCUGUGUUCUACUUCUACGGCGGACUGGGGUGUCUCUGGACAGUUCUGUGGUUGCUGUUUGUCUACAACACGCCCGGCGACCACCCUAGGAUAUCCGCGGAAGAGAAUGACUACAUUCUAGCCAAUGUGGCGCCCGAAUCAAAGGUGACAUUUCCUGUUCCAUGGAUAAGCAUAUGCACGUCGCUACCAGUGUGGUCUUUCGUAGCGGUUAAAGUUGGAGUCGUGUAUUUACUGUACAUGUUCCUCAACGAACUGCCUACCUACAUGAAGAACAUUCUGAACUUCGACCUCGCAAGUUCCGGAUAUCUGUCAGCCGUACCGUAUGUGUUCUCCUUGGUGACUAACCUAAUGCUGGGAAGUGCCUCACAGUGGCUUCGAUCAAAAGGCUACCUCUCACACUUAACCGCUUACAAAAUAUUCAACGGUCUAGCCAUGCUGGGCCCGGCGGCCAUGAUGCUCGCCAUCACCCAGGUGCACGACGCCACCGCCAUAGUCGUCCUCAUCGUGGUGACCAUGGUGCUGCAGGGAGGGUUCUUCGGUGGCAGCGUGGUCAACCACCUGGACCUGUCGCCCAACUUCGCUGCCACCGUCACCGGCCUGUCGGAGGUGGUGAGCGAGGUGGUGUCCAUCCUCGCGCCCACGCUGGUGGGGGCCAUCAUCAACGGCGAGCAAACCCGGGCCCGGUGGCAGAUCGUAUUCUACACGUCCAGUGCCAUCAUCAGCCUGCCGUACUUGAUCUUCUUCUUCUUCGGCUCCGUUGAAGAACAGCGCUGGAACAGGCCGAAGGAAGAGCCCGAAGCUGACAAACGCAACAGCAAGCUGUCUGCAGCUUGAAAGCUUGAUAACCACCGCCGUCGACUCCCAGCUUGACAUCUCGCCCGCGCGGCAGAACGUGUUGCACCCAUGUGCACAUUCUUGACAGAGCGCCAGUCUAUACUUUUACUAAAUAUUUCUUUGGAAACCACUUGCCAAGAUAUAUAUGUAUAUGUAUGUGUAUAUGUAUAUAUAUCGAUGUGUGUAUGUGUUUCCGCAUGGACUCCAAAACGCCUGAAUCGAUAUUGAUGAAAUUUUCAGGCAAUCUUCAGAAUAGCCCAGCGUGUGACCCUGUGAAGUUUGGUAGCGAUCGUAUCUAUAAAUUUUGUGUCAUAUUUUUCAAUACAAAUUACUACAAAAUUAUAUUUUUUUGGAUUUUUGAACAUUGAAAAUUAAAAGUGAUAUUAGGGUCGCUAGUAGUUUAUCAACUUUGUCUAACACACGGUCACGAUUAUUUUUUCAAACGUAAAAUACGUUUAUACAGAUAAUACUGAGUAUUUCGAUACGAAAAUCGGCGCAUAAUUUUAUAUUUUAAUUGAUGUUUCAUUCAAGCAUAAUUUUUUGAACCAUGAAAAAAAAAAGAAUCCCAAUAUUCAAUUAUUUUGAAUUUAUUUUGUUUUAUUAUGCUUGUUGAUGUGCGCAGUUAACACUGGAAAGUUAUUCAGGGAACUGUAACCGUUGCAGGUACUGGGAAAAAUCAAUCAAAGCAUAAAUACCCGGGUUAGAAACAGAACCCAGUAUUACGACAAAUACUAUUGUGUAGUGAUACAAUUGUUUUCUCGUAAAUGUAAACAUUAAAAAAUAUUUGUAAUUUUACAUGAAUAUAUCGGUUUUAUUAUCAAAAAGUUACAGUGAAUAAUGUGGUUGGGGGGGGGGGGGGGGAUAUUUACCGAACGAACCCAUCUAGGUCUAAACAUAUUUUUUCAGCCAUAACUUUUUGUAUCGAUUAAUUUUCAAACGUUGGAUAAUUUAAAGCAAAAUAUAUAAUUUAACUGAAUGCCUGAAGUGCCUAUAUAGUUAUUGGUUGCUACAAAUAGUUCCUCGUGUGAAUUCGUUGGCGUUUAGUAUUGAAUUAAAUUUUGGGAAAGACUUCAACUGUGUGUAAUACCUACUGUCUAUACACACUAUUGUCAUGGCCUUUGAAAAUCUACUAAUGCCCGAUCUUUACCCCAGCAAAGGCAAAUUUUAAAUAUUAAAAUAUAAAAGGCGUAAAAACUGCUGAAACCAACAUGGCGUCUUAGGGUAACAUCUCUACCCUUUAAAGCAAAGAAUAACCCCUGAACUCCGUAAAGGUUGUAAAUUUGACUUUUCGUAGUUGUUUAACAUUGAAAUAGCCAGGAGCUAAAGGUCACUACAUAUUGAGUUACAUCUGUGACGUAUGCAUAGAUUAGCUAGAUUUUUAGAAGGACGUUUUUAAUGAAAGUUCCUAUGUUCUAAGGGAAGACCAAAUAAUUAUUUGCAGAGGAUUAAUUGAAAUGUGAAAUGUAUUUUUUUUGAAAUGUUCUGUUGAAUUCUAAAAUAAAGCAGUGCUGUUACUGUCCA